GCGCUGCUCGCCACAGCCAACGGCCAUCUCAUUUCCAGUGCAUCAGCUUACAAGGCAGUUUUAGUGGUUACUUACUCAAGGAAAGGGCGUCUUGGACAGCAUCGCGCCGAGAACUGCCACCAUGGAUCGGUACAGAUAUCGCGACUAUGACUCAGCUCCCUCCCGUGAUGAGAGACAAGACGAAUCCGAUACUGGAUUCAGCAUUCGUGGUGCCGCCAAGCGCCAGAACAGCAUCGAGAGCCGACCAGCACCACCGCGACGGGGGCGGUCGCGUUCGCGGUCGCCACCGCCCGUGUCCUCGCGUCGACCAUAUCGAGACCUAGAUCAACCAGAAGCUGCCAGAAGCUCAAGAAGCUCAAGAAGCUAUUAUCCUCAUCGAACCGUAAACACCUGAACGCAUCUUUUUUUUUCAUCUUGAACUAAUUGCCUAAUGUGGAAUUCAGGACGACAGGUAUGAUGCUCAAUACAGCAGCUCGAGUGGCCGCUACUCACAGGACUACUCGCGGCCGCAGCAGUACCACUCAAGAUACUCGGAGUACUAUGAAGAGGGCGUUGUCUAUGAUGAUCCGAUUGCGCCACCACCCAGCAACGGUGACAGCGACGUCUCCACGACUGGAGAUGAGCUGCCCUUCUUACUCAUUCGCGGGCUCAAAGCCAAUACCUCCGAAUCACUGCUCAGCAAAGGCCUGGAGAAGCUGUACAUUGACGAAGGAGCCAAUGCUUCAGUAGCAGCUGCUCUGCCCUCCAGUCUUCCACCGGGAGCUGGGAGUGGUGGUUUCGCGCUCUUAGCAGCACUGCCAGCUGUGAGCUCAACCCCUCCGGGAGCUUCUCCGAACAGUCUGAAGCGUGUCUUCUUGAUUCGCGAUCGUGACACCGAAAAGGGUCUGACGUAUGGGUUUGCGGAAUACCAUUCCGUGGCAGACGCGAGAGCAGCCCUCGCAAAAGCAGAGUAUCUUGGCGACAAAUGCACAAUAUCCUCGAAGAAGCUCGAAAUUGGAUAUCCACACAUGGGCGUAUUCCCAGCGGUGCUUCAUGGCCAGGAGACACUCGAUAGCAAGUACAUGUUUCAGUUCAAGGAUGGCACCUCGCAUCGUUAUCACGAUGCUCGAUACUACGCGUCCGUGUUAGACAUCAACAUGCAGCCUCCUUCACGUUCGACCAAUGUUUCUGAUGCCGAAAAUGUGAAGAAGAGCAAGAAGCGUUCCAAGGAUCCCAACGCUGGUGACACUCUCGAUAGCUCGGCGAAAAAAGCGAAAGUUGGCAGUUCGAAGUCCUUGGGAAUAGUAGACCAGUGGAACAAGAAGAAAGCUGAACUUCGUGGCGAGCCGGUUGAACGACUACGUUCCCACUCUCCCAGGUCAGAGCCUGACACCACGGCACAAAAUCCACCACAGCAGAGCUACGUGUUUGAAGGUCAAAAGGGCGGAAAGCAGCGCAAGGUUUGUUUGCUGUGUGCCACAGAGAUCCCGAAACAAGUCACCGCGGCGGCGCAUGUCCUGGGGAGCAAGUUGCAUGCAGCGAAUCUUCUGGACGAAGCCAAGUGCCAGAAAGCCUUGCAGAAAAUUGUGGAAUGGGCUGGGAUCACACCAGAUCAGACAGUGCAGGUCAGACCGGAUGCGCCGGAGAAACCAAAGGUGAUUCGAGAUCGUGCCAAGGAACGACGCGAGCAGGAGGCCAGGACGGGCACCACAGAGAAGUUGAAAGUGUCCCUGAAGGACGUCAAGAAGGGAGGACCUGUCGGUAAACCUGUCGACCCCUCGUACGGAAAGGGGAUGGCGAUGCUGCAGAAGGCGGGUUGGAAGGAGGGACAAGGCCUGGGAUCAGGAGGCGGCAUCUCUGCACCUAUCCAGCAAAUAUCCUACAAUGCUGGCGUAGGCCUUGGACACGAGGGAAGCAAGAAGGGCGAUGCCGUCGAGGAGGCGACGAGGAUGACGAGGGACGAUGGCGGGUUCUUGGAGAAGACGAAGGAAGUGGCUAGGCAACGCUUCGAGCGGAUGUAAGAACAGUACUAGUCGCAGAAUGUCUCCGGCUUCGGGCAGACGACACGUUGCCUUGGACGCAGGACAGCAGCAUGCUGGAGACCAAAUACGUCAAUUGAAACUUCUUGACGAAGUAACAUUCCAACUGCCGACUCCUGCGAUGCGCUCUGACACGCCGUAGACCCUGCAGCUUGGUCGAUGGCACGACGAACUUCCCAUUCGAUUCCGAGUCUGCUAAGACGCAUAGUUGCACCUUGCAACAUGGUUAUGAACGGUAUGCAGGUAAGCAGAGACAAUCAGGCACCACUGCGGCUACACCCGUGUGCUAUACGCCUAUACAUGUUCACACGCUAGAAUCGCCGGGCUGGUCUCGCGGCAAACCGCUGAAGACAGCUCCGUGGUUUCCUCGACGUUUCACCGCCUCGGCGAUGAUGUAUCACGAGAUUUAGCGAGUGAUAUGGAAACACCAAGCCAAGCAGCAGUAUCUCCUUCAGAACCCGAAGUCUGUACACGACAAUGACCUGCAGACAGACUACGAAAGUCGUGGGCAGUAGUAUAGAUUUUUGCACAUAUAAGAAGGGCUGGCUACUACCUGUAUGUACUACUUACCCAUCACAAAGACACAAUCCAC